CCUCAUCAUCAAGAUAGAUGACUUUGACAUACAUUCUAAAUUUGAAAGGGUGGUGAAUGUAUCCCUGCCGUUGGCAACACGUAACAACGGGACUCUGCACACAUUGGUUUAUGUACACAAGUUUGGAGUGUCUCCCUUGCAGGAUAACCGGCAGGUCCAUCAUGUUGCCCAGCUCAGCACCUACAUGAUGUCCCGAAAAAAUCUCAGCUCUGCUAAAGAGGUCCUCAAAAAACAUGCUGCCACUGCUCCUCGAGUAGUAGACAGACCCAUCUCUCACUGGAGGUCCCGUCUAACCCUAAACAUGAUGUCAGAGGACUUCACCUUCAACAGAGGGACCUUGCCAAGUGAUGUCCGGCGCUACAUGAGAGUAUUUCAGGAUGAGAACAGGAUGGUAUAUCUCCCACUUUUACAUAUUGAUGAACUCAGCGUCAGGGUAAAGGACAUGAUGGAGAUUAACGGCUCCACAACCAAACUACCUCUUACAAUAUCCUACGAAGGCCUAUCGCUGAGGCAAUUCCGUCUCUGGAUCCACAUGCAGGAUGUAAUGUUUUCACUGAAACGUUUUGGGUUCACUGAGGUGAAUAUAGAUGAAAUCAAAGGUGUUCUUGUGGACAACAACUUGUACCUGUUAGCAUUAACUACCUUGGUGACCGCAUUCCAUUUCAUAUUUGAAUUCCUGGCCUUUAAAAAUGACAUAAGCUUUUGGAAGAAGAAGAAAAACAUGGUGGGCAUGUCUCGCAAAACAGUGCUGUGGAGAUGCUUUAGCACCAUAGUGAUUCUCCUGAAAAUGCUGGAGGAACGAAGCAGCUUGCUAGGUCUCAUUCCUGUUGGAAUAGGAACCACAAUUGAGGUAUGGAAGGUCAAACAGGUGUCCAAAAUACAGCUACAGUGGAGAACCUCUAGGUCUAUAGUUCAUGUUGGUAAAUUUGAUGAGUCAGAGAGAAAGACUAUACAACAUGACACACAGGCAAUGAAAUGCCUGUCUUAUUUAGUGUACCCUCUGUCUAUUAGUGGAGCCAUCUUCUCUCUGGUAUACCUGAGGUAUAAAAACUACUAUUCAUGGUUAAUCAACAGCCUUGUCAGUGGGAUUUAUGCUUUUGGAUUCCUCUCUAUGGCUCCUCAGCUGUUCAUUAACUUCAAGUUGAAGUCCGUGGACCAUUUGCAAUGGAACGUAUUGAUGUAUAAAGCAGUCAAUACAUUCGUCAACGAUGCCUUUGCCUGUGUCUUCAGCACACACCCAUCCCACCAGCUGGGCUGCUUCAGGGAUGAGAUUCUGUUUCUCCUCUACCUUUACCAGAGGAGGCUUUACUCUACAAACAAGACCAGAUGUCGUGAGUAUGGAUCAUGCCACCACAACCACAGGAAACUCAAAGCCCAAUGAUGACUGAGGUCAUCACCAGAAAACAUGGUUGAAUGAAGGGAACAUACCUGCACAUGGUGGGGUUGUAAACAGCAUGGGAGGCUCUCUGAGGGUGCAUCAGGGUUUAUUAGAAGCCUUUAGUAAAGUUCAGAAUUAGUUUUGUAAGUAGAGAAUACAGCUUAUUUUCAGUCAACCCUGUGUUAACCACUGAUAUUUCCAUGUGUUAGAAGUUUGACCAACCCGUAUGUAGCCAACAGAAGCAUGAACCGUUUUUUAGUGAUACAUAUUGAUUACUGCAUUGUUAGGUUUGAGGCUAGCAAGAACGGCAUUUCACUGUACUUGUGGACAUGACAUUAACACUUGAAAAAGGAGGCUGCCCCCUCGCCCUGCCUGCACUGCUCCAUGUUACCAGAUAUAACCAGUAUGUAGCCUACUGAAGCGUAAAGCUGCCCCUUGCCCUGCCUGUACUGCUCCAUAUAGUCCACAAGGAGGCAGUGUUGUCAGCCCCUUGCUGUACUGUUUUCUGCUUGUUCUUUCAAUCCUCUACUUCCUGUUUGAGAAUAGUACAUGUAUAGAUGGGUGCUAAAGGGGAGGAAUGAGAAACAUGUACAAAAGAUGGAGUAAUGUGAAGUACAGUGAACUCCUGAUAAAUCCAAUGUCUGGACAGUCAUAUGUGAGAGCUAACCGGAACAUGCACAUAACCUGUAUCUAUCCAGGCUGUAUUUGAAAUGGGACGAUUGAGCUACAAUGCACUAAUGAGUUUUUUUGCACUUUGCAUACAAUGCGCACUUAUCAGGAAUCAACUGUACUUUUAAAUAAUGAAGAUACUGUAAGGUCUUUAAAAAUGAAGUAGGAAGCGUAGCCUGAUGUUUUUGAAUCACAUCCUUCUACCAGGGUUUAUGGAAUGACUUUCCUCUUUGAUUAAAUUAUUACAAUUAAAUGAU